AUAGUUUGGCACAAGCAUAUCGCUGGCAUUGAAAUCUACUCCUCGUCCUAAAAAAUAUCUUCUCUUAACUGACAAUGACUUUGCUUUGUUUGGUGUGAAGGGAUAAAAUCAGUCAUGUCAAUGUUAAAGUCAUAACUGCUCACUGAACAUGCUCGUAAUAGAUAUUGGUACAGUUUUUGCAUAAUCAACAUUCCAGAUCCUUCCACACUUUCACCAGUUCAAUUCUGUGAGCUCCCUACUCUACCUCCACCAACUUCCUUGUUAGAUCUCCCAGACCCAUCGUUUGUUUUCAUUCUCUGAUUCAUUCUUCUACUUGGAAGAUUUUUCCUUUCUCUUCUUCAAGUUCAUUUCUUUCGCCAAAGUCUUUCUUAUUGUCCUCAAAUUUUAAGUUUCCAUGGCUUCUGAAACUGAAGCACCUGAAAUUUCUUCUUUGUUUGAAAGAUUCUUGAGGCAAAGAGACCUCCAUUUGUUUCUACCUUUUAUCUUGGGAUUCUCCAACAACAACAACAGCAAUAACAAUAUUUCAAGAGAAAACCCUGAAGAACCAGAUCAAGAAACAUCCCAGGAAACAACUUCCCUGCGUGAAAAAAUAAUACUUAUCAACCCAUUCACUCAAGGCAUGGUCGUGAUCGAAGGAGCUUCAAAUUUGGAAGCUUUGCUUCUUGGCUUGGCUAACAAGGAUGGCCAGCCACCUGCUUCGAAAGCAUCGAUAGAAGCCAUGCCAAGCGUGGAAAUUGGUGAAAGUGAAGAUGGUGAGUGUGUGGUUUGCUUGGAAGAGUGGAAGCCCGGUGAGGUGGCAAAGGAGAUGCCUUGCAAGCACAAGUUUCAUGAUGAGUGUAUAAGGAAGUGGCUUGGACUUCAUGGGUCAUGCCCUGUUUGCAGGUAUAAGAUGCCUGUUGAAGAAGAGAUAGGCAAGAAGAGAGAUGAGGAGAGGAGAAGAUCUGCCAGGGAGAUUUGGGUUAGUUUUUCUUUUAAUAGUGGUAGGAGAAGUGGGGAUUCCAAUCAAGUUCCUUCAACUGAUUCCAAUAACGUCUCCUCUUUAAGUCCUAGGCCUUAUGAUCAUGAAAUGGAGGGUUAGAAGAGUUUUAUAAGAUUUUAUUUUCUUUUUGUUGCCCUUCAUUUCAAUUUUCUUUUUCUUUUUUUUUUUUAAUUUCAUCUUUGUGGGAAAAUUAUGUACUUAGAGACACUUGUCUUUCUUAAGAUGAGUUU